UGAAUGCAGAUGUCGCUUAUCUAUGACGUUAAAUUUAAGAUUCAAAUGCGAGGGAAAAGAAUGUCAGUUACAGACAAACACAUGAGACAUAUAUGAUUGAUAUGAAUUGAACGUAUUUAUCGCGUUUCAAAACAGCAUUUAACAUAUAGAUAUUGUACAAUAUAUUAUUCACACAAUGGAAAGUGGACAGGCAUUCAAAAUGCCAUUAACCAUAUCUGGAUAUAAAGAAGCUAUUGAAGAAGCAAGUCGUAAGAUGUUGGAUCAUGUUAAAAACAGGGGCAGAAACUACCAAUGGAGCUUAGAAGAUUUUGAAAUUGGAGCACCUUUAGGAAGAGGAAAAUUCGGUCGUGUGUAUCUAGCUAGAGAAAAGACUACUCAUUAUAUGGUUGCCUUAAAAACAUUGUAUAAAGUUGAAUUGGUAAAAGGACGUGUGGAGAAGCAAGUAAUGCGAGAAAUUGAAAUACAGACACAUUUAAAACAUCCACAUAUCCUUCAGUUAUUAACAUACUUUCAUGAUGCUAAAAGAAUCUAUUUAGUUUUGGAAUUUGCCGCAAGAGGUGAAUUGUAUAAGGAGUUAAAACGUCAGCCAGAUGAGAGAUUUAACGAGCACUUAUCUGCUAAAUAUACUUAUCAAGUGGCCGAUGCUUUGGAAUAUUGUCACAAAAACAAUGUGAUUCAUAGAGACAUAAAGCCUGAAAAUUUAUUGCUCACAUAUGAUGGAGAUAUAAAACUCGCAGACUUUGGAUGGUCUGUGCAUGCACCAUCCUCAAAACGGAAUACAUUGUGUGGAACCUUAGAUUAUCUGCCACCAGAAAUGGUGAUGGGACAGACCUAUGACAUCUAUGUUGAUCAUUGGUGUUUGGGAAUUCUCUGUUAUGAAUUUCUCACAGGACAGCCGCCUUUUUUAAGUGGUUCUACACAAGAAACAUAUGCCAAGAUAAAAACCAUACAUAUAAAAUGGCCGGUUGAAAUCAAACCUGGAGCCAAAGACCUUAUAUCUAAGCUAAUCAAAAAAAAAAGUACAGAGCGUAUUUCUAUGGCUGAAGUUAAGAAACAUCCCUGGAUUAUAGAGCACAAAGCUUCACCUAAACAAAAAGCUUGAAUUAAAAGAGACAAAAGGUUAUUCUUCAUUGACAUUAUAAAACAUAUUUUGUAUUCAAUUACUUUUUUGCAACUUUAUAAUUAGAUGCGAUAUCAAAAAUAUAUUUAUAUAUCUAAAGAAUGAAAAAUAUCAACAAAUGUUCAACAAUGACAUCUGCACAUUCAUAGCAUGUUCUUUUAUAUAGUGUAACAUUUAGAAUUGUGAACAUUUCCAUAUAUUUUUAAUAUUUUAACUUUAUAAUUAGAUGACAUAUCAAAAAUAUAUUUAUAUCUGAAAAAAAUCUAAAAAAAUCUUAUACUGGUUGUCGUCUAUUUCUAUUGCUAACCACUGAACUCUAUACAAACUGGAAGCAGCUUUUUCAUAUAACCAGCGUGUAGAAGAAAUAAUCUACAAUCGAAGGAGAGAAUGUAUCCAGUAUUAGAAUCGAUCAUUAAGCAACUCAUGAGCAGCUAUUCGUAAUUCAUAUAUAUUUUUUUAUUUCAAAGCUUCGAUAUUAUAUGCAAACGCUCAAUAUUCGUAGUCACAAAGGAAUAAAGCAUAAAGCUGAGGAAACAAAAUAUUAAUAAGUAAUUUUAAAUUGGAUAAUUAUAAUUCUAAUUUAUCAUGUAGAAUAUAAAAAUCGUAAAUUAGCCAAAAAAUACGAUAUAUGUCUCUAUAUUGAAUGUAUGUAUAUUUUAUAUUAUAUAAUCUAUAUACUUGGGUCGCGAUGCUUGAUUAUAUAUCUCUCUCUCAGAUAUGCAUAUAUAUAUGCGUAUCUGCAAAUAUAUGUAUAUAAAGUAAAAUGUUUGUGAAAACAAACAAGAUUGGAAUACAUAUCCUCAAUUAUUGGGCUUAGCAGAAAUUUUUUUUCCAAAAGAGAGUUAUCUAAUUAAGCGAGCGACUAUUUUAAUCAUUUGUUUGCUUUGCAUGAUAUUGCAAGUUAAGCAAUUAUUAUAUAGUAAUGCAAAUCUGUUUAAAAAUUACUAUUGCAUUAUGAUCAUUAUAAAUAAUAUAAUCAUUAAUUCAAACACCAAAAUAAUACAAAGUAUACAGCAGUUUAAUAUAAUUGAUUUGUUGCAUAGUAUUGCGUAUACAUGAAAAUUAAAAUUUACAAAUCAGUCUCAACAUUAUACAAUAUAUGUAUAUAUUACAUCUUUGUAAAAAAUAUACUUUGAAGUUGUGACUUUUGUAUUUGUGCACCACGAAAAUGUACAUAAAAUAUAAUUAAAUAUAACAUGAUAAUAUUAUAUGAAAAUAAUAUAGAAUUUUUUUUCUAUAAAACAUGUAUAAUUUUUUUCAAAGACCAAGUGAAAAUAAUAAAGUACUUUUUGUUGCAUAAAUUCU